ACCACGUGACAUUUUCACAUGACGCAGGGGGGUUCCCCCAUUGCUGUUCGUUACAAAGGCUGUGAUGUAACCACGUUCUAACUGUCUAUCAUCUUGUGUUCGCAGCGUACGUGUGAAGCAUCUUAAGCACAUCAUAUUAAUUCGGUGGGGGUGUUGGCGAGCAUAAAACUUAUUCAGUACCACAAAGGUGAAAAAUAAAUUCUCGAUCAUUUGUGCCAGAUUUCGAUGGUGGAAUCUGUGGUACAUCGAAUGAGAGACGUAUCAAAGAAGAUUUAAUAAUCCUUUUCAGUACCACAAAGGUGAAAAAUAAAUUCUCGAGCAUUUGUGCCAGAUUUCGGUGGUGGAAUCUGUGGUACAUCGAAUGAGAGACGUAUCAAAGAAGAUAUAAUAACGCUUUUGACAGCGCAUGCUCAGACGCUUCACUGGCCUCAACAGACAGACCUGUCACCAAACGGAUUUCAAUUCUUCUCUGACAUUCUUGACGUCCGCACCCUGCUGUGUAAUCCCAGAUCCCGGGAUACUUAGAGUGGGGGAGUGCAAACCUGGGUUCUUGAAAAGCAGGAUAAUAAACAAGGAGCUUCGCCACUACCUCAGCCUCCAGUUCCAGAAAGGAUCAGUGGACCACCAACUUCAGCAGGUCAUCCGGGAUAAUUUGUACCUGAGAACCAUCCCAUGCACUACAAGACCACCCCGGGAUGGUGAAGUCCCAGGAGUUGAUUAUAACUUCAUUUCUCUGGAAGAGUUUAAAGCACUAGAAGACAGCGGAGCUCUUUUGGAGAGUGGAACAUUUGAUGGUAAUUUUUAUGGGACGCCAAAGCCUCCUGCAGAGCCUGGUCCCUUUCAGCAAGAUGUAGUGGACCAGGUUGUUCUGGAUGACUCUUCGGAUGAGGCACAAAGAAAACGAACUACAUCUGUAAGCAUGAUGCAACGAGCUGACACCCUGGUCCCAGAUGAAGAUGAAGAAGACGAGCGACCCACUGCUAAUGGGACUGGUUAUCCAGGGACAGGGCCCAGCCACACUGAUGGGGUCGCAGAAUUCAGGUACUUGGAUCCUGUUGCCAGGGAGGACUUGAUGGAGCCACUGCCGAGCAAUUGGGAGAUGGCCUACACUGACAGCGGAAUGAUCUACUUCAUCGAUCACAACACUAAGACUACCACAUGGCUGGAUCCUCGGCUUGCUAAGAAAGCAAAACCCCCAGAGGAGUGCAAUGAAGGGGGCACUGACUCCUUGCUGGGGCAUGGUUCCAUGGGCACCACCGGUUGCCCUCCAGUAUCUCGCCCAAGUGGCCAUUCUACAUCUGUGGGCCUAUACGAGCUUCCAUACGGCUGGGAAAAGAUCAGUGAUCCAGUUUAUGGCUUCUACUACAUUGACCAUGUAAACCAGAGAACCCAGUUUGAGAAUCCAGUCAUUGAAGCAAAGCGGAAAAAGCAGCUGAUGUAUCAUCGGGACAGUCAGCGAGCGAUGCACGGGGAUCAGCGGCCAGAGAGACCAAUGUUUACGCGGGAUCCCUCGCACCUUCAGGGAAUGCUCAUUAGGACGACACUUCAGAAGAGUGCUAUGGGGUUUGGUUUCACAAUCAUUGGUGGAGACAGUCCAGAUGAAUUCUUGCAGGUGAAAAAUGUGAUUCAAGAUGGACCAGCUGCUCAGGAUGGCAACAUGAUGGCAGGUGAUGUAAUAGUGUACAUAAACAGUACUUGUGUCCUUGGGCAGACUCACGCCGACGUUGUGCAGCUUUUCCAGUCUGUUCCCAUCAACCAGACAGUGAAGCUGAUUCUGUGUCGCGGCUACCCACUUCCCGUCGACACGCAGGUGCCAACCAUCGACGUAGUGAGUGCCACUCCUGCCCUUGACGGGCUACCUCUAGCUGCAAAACAGGCAAGUGCCCCCCAGAGCCAUCAGACCUCAGCCGGGCUCCCGGACCACAGUGGGAGAGAGGCCCCAGCGGGUGGUGUCGAACGCUUAAACGGACCUUACCUGGGCCUGACUGAAGACCGAUCGUCAAUGACCUCAUCGGCAGGUUCGCAGCCUGAGACUCUCACCAUCCCACUGCUCAAGGGGCCAAAAGGUUUUGGUUUUGCCAUAGCGGACAGCCCAGCCGGGCAGAAAGUGAAGAUGAUCCUAGACAGCCAGUGGUGCAAAGGUCUACAGAAAGGUGAUGUCAUCAAGGAGGUUAACCAUCAGAGCAUGCAGCAGCUGAGCCAUGCCCAGGUGGUGGAGAUCCUGAAGGACUGGCCUGUGGGGAGUGAAAUAUCACUGCUGGUCCAACGAGGAGGGCCUCCAUCACCAACUAAAAUCCCUAACACUACAUCAGAACAUGAAGAAAAUCAAACAACUUCCCAAAAUGCUUCCCCAGGCCUCCCUAUACCCCAGCCCAUGCCUUUCCCUCCCAAUGCAGUGAGGCCCUCCUCUCCCAAACGUGAUCCCACUGAGGUGUACAUACAAUCCAAGUCGAUGUUCGACAACAGGCCUCCAAACACUAAAGACAUCGACAUCUUUCUGCGUAAAAUGGAGAGUGGGUUUGGAUUCAGAGUACUUGGUGGUGAUGGACCAGACACCCCUGUUCUGAUUGGGGCAGUGAUCCCACUGGGAUCAGCUGAGCGAGAUGGGCGUCUUCGUGUGGCUGAUGAGCUGCUGUGCGUUGAUGGAGUCUCCGUCAAAGGGAAGUCUCAUCGCUUUGUGUUAGAACUGAUGCAGAAUGCUACACGAAAUGGCCAAGUGUUGCUGACAGUCAGGAGGAAUGUCCUGCCUACUGAAGAUCAACAUGAUGAUGGUCGAGAUGCAGGUUUGGACCCUGCAGAGAAUGGUUCUCCACGGAUGAAUCACGCAGACCAUACCCACAGAGCUCCCCAGGGCCCCAGCACAGCUGAGUCUGCGCAGUCCUACGAUAUUGUCCUGCAGCGUAAAGAGACUGAAGGGUUUGGCUUUGUCAUUAUCACCUCAAAGAACAGAUCCUCUGUUAUUGUGCCACACAAAAUUGGUCGCAUUAUUGAGGGAAGCCCAGCUGAUCGCUGUGGGAAGUUGAAAGUGACAGACCGUAUCUCAGCAGUCAAUGGCCAGUCCAUCGUACAGAUGCCCCACCACGACAUCGUCCAGCUAAUCAAGGAUGCAGGCCAGACAGUCACUCUUACUGUCAUUCCUGAAGAAGAUGUUACUGGCCCUCCUUCAGGAGGCAGCUCAGCCAGACAGAGUCCAGCCUUGCAACAUAAACCCAUGGGACAAACUCCAACACUACACGUCCCAGCACAGGACAACAGCAAGACAGAUGCAGAUGAAAGGGGCAGUGGGCAGUCGUGUGACUUUGUGAAACCAUCUUCCAACUACAGGCAGCCAGCACCUGAUCAGUACCUUCAACCGGCUGCUGACAGAGAGACACGGACUGCAGGCAGCAGACCUCAGAACUCUGAUUGCUUUGCUGUUGAAUUGGAGAGGGGGCCCCGAGGGUUUGGAUUCAGCGUUCGUGGUGGCAAGGAGUACAACAUGGGGCUCUUCAUUCUGCGGCUGGCUGAAGGAGGUUCAGCGCUGCUGGAUGGCAGAAUCCAAGUUGGUGACCAGAUUGUUGAAAUUAAUGGCGAGUCCACACAAGGGAUCACACACAAGAGAGCCAUUGAGCUGAUUCAGUCUGGAGGCAGGAAAGCGCAUCUUGUCUUGAAGCCAGGCAUAGGUCAGGUGCCUGACUUUGAUGAUCUGGAUCCCCAGGACACUCCAUAUUCCAGCCUCCAGGAACUACCCACAGCUCCUGAAGACCCACCAUCACCAUCCUUUCCAAAUUCUGCCCCAAACCUUACUGAUCCUGAGAAGACCGUAUCAAAAGAGAAGCUACAGGGAGAACAAGAGACUGGAACCAAAGUUGUGGGCAUAUGGGAAGAGGGGGAGGAAGGUUGUGCCGAGUUUGCAAAGGAAAAGGUGGAGCCCAGGGAGAGUACAAGCAGCCCAAAGAAAGCACAGCUGACCGGUGGCAGAGAGAAUGAGGCCAUGGGCCCACGCAAAGCCCUGGGCUCCAGGGAGCAUCUGCCAGACAGCCCCAGGAAGGCCGAAAAGGACGAAGGAAAGCAGCGGCUGGUGGUAGGAAGGAGAGGGCGAUCGCGCAGCCCACGGGGAAGAAUGGGAGAGGAGCCACAAGGCGGACGCCAGGGCAGUGCGGCAGAGGGUCGAACCGGCAGCCUGGAGAGCAGCCGGCGGAAGGCGGAAGCGGGGACUGAGCAGAGACUAUCAGCAAAAGGCAAUGGGCAGGGAGUGGGGCAGAGCCAUCCCAGGAUCAGCGGCUCAACAUUGCACCCCAGCCCAGGGACAAAAACAGCACCAACCACGAGAAAGACGCUGAUAACCCCCGGGCCCUGGAAAAAGCCAGAUGCUCAGAGGCCCUUGUAACAGAAAGCAAACAAAUUAUAUAUGUUAAAUUAUUUUUUUAUAAACUUUGAUUUCUGUUAAACACCUGUUGCAUCUUAUUUAAAGGUUCUGUAGGAACUGUGGAAAACCAAACUUUUCCCAAGUGAAGGAAUGACUCCGGUACUCAGCUGUUGGACACUUGACUGGCUGCGAAGUAAAAUCUAUUGGGAUUUUUCCCUGUUUUACAAGUUGACUCUGAGGUGUGCACUUGUGAUUUACUUUCCGUAUCCCCACAAGUUAGCAGUUGCCCCAUCCGACUGCAGUGGUAGAAUGUCCUAAGAUUUACCUGUCACAGAUAGCUCUGACUUUGGAAUGUGACUGUUGCUUUGUCUGUAAGCAAUUUCAGGUGCCAGCGGGUGAGACUCUCAUGGUUUCCACCUGUAACAUCAUGAGUAGAAUCUUGCCACUGCUUUGCAGAUCUGAAAUCAGUAGCUUAAUAACAAAGACCUUAAAUGUUAACCAGUGUAUUUAUUUGUUUUGUAUCAUUCUGAAUCAACCGUGCAGUGCUUUAAUCCUUGUUUUCUUUAAUACACUGAAAUUCUUUUCAUCACCUUUUCUUGAGCUAAAAUAACUUGCAGUAUUCUGACCACCAUUGAACAGCGAUCUCUCAGCUACUGGUUUCAGUAUCUGUGGGCUCCUCUCAAUCUGUCAUUGAAAAGGAUCUGGAAAAUUUUGUGUGUGAUUUGCUGCUCCCUAGACUGCUCAAAACCAGUUGGUCAGACCAAGAGCAACAAAAAUCUGCAUGGAACACAUUCCAUGUAGAUUAGAGAUUAUUUUGUUCGUGGUGUAAUCCCACUUCUUUAUUAGCAUCUUCAGUACUUCAGUCUGAAGAAGAUGCAGAAUAACUAGCAUCUCCCAAUGUUUCAUUCUGCCCCAAUGUUAGAGGAUGGGUGUGCACAUCUGCUUCUCCCUGUUUUACCCAUGUUCUGUGUCCAUGGAGAUCGGUGCUGUAGCAAGCAAUUGCUUCCAAUCUGUAACAAUUAUUCUGCUAGUCAUGGUGGUGAUAGAGUAGCCUUUUUAUGGAAUGGCCUCUCCAGUGCCCACACUCUUUCUCUCUUCCGUUCCCCUCCAUCCUCUAGACACAAUACACUAAGGUGCGUUUUCUGACUUAAUCCUGUUGGUAUCUCUGCUACGUAACUUGCAUUGCCCUGCAGGGAGAUGUGUUGCCAAGAAGUAUUUCUGUUACCCUCCAUAGCACUGUGUGUCCCUUUUUUUACCCUUGCAGCUAAGAAACAGUAGGAAAUAAAGACCCUGGACUGUGACUGUGGUGCAGGCAGUGUCUUGUGACCACUUUACUGUUAUAUUUCAUAUGCGAUAAUGUGUAAAAGUUGAAUUUAGGAAAUCAUGCAGAAAUGUUUUGAUAUUCCUCAGCUCAUCCAUUGAUCAGCUCGAGCUUUCACUCCACAGUGUUGUCUGAAUUUCCUUGUUGGUAGACUAGCUAUACUCAUUGUUUCACCCCAUCAGUAACAAAGCAUCUUGCAGACUGUACAGUACUCAAGGCAUGGGUGUGGCCUUUGAGUAAAGCUGAACAAGCCUUGAGUUGUUGGUUGUAAAUUUUUAUACUGUACAGUCUCUAUAAAUACUGUCAUUAGGGAGAGAUCUGUAAACCCUCAUUAUUUUUUUAUGUAUGACAUGAAAAAUGCAAUCCUUGGUCAUGGUGUUGAACUGUAAAAUAAAUCUUAACUUUCAGUCUAUA